AUGGCAACCAACGGCUCCCGGUCAGCCUACGGCCUCACGAGGCAUGCCGUCCGGCAUUGCCAGUCGGCUGCAACCCCCCGAGUCGCUUCUUCUAUCCAGUGCAUCUCCAGAACGUUUGCGACGACCGGUCCCCGGACGGCUACCGAGAGCAAGAUUGACCAACUGUCGAGGAAAACUGAGGAGGCGGAAAGACCCGACGAAGUCUCGCAGCGCCCGCGAUGGUCCUACACCCCCGAGGGCAUGAAGGCCCCCUUCUCUCCUCACAUCACCAAGAACCCGGCGCGCAGCGUCUGGUCUGUCAACACGGACCCCAAGAAGCUGGACCAGAUGUACGUCAGGUUUCUGGGUCGCGACGGAGAUAAGAUGCUGCCGGACGAGGUCAAGUGGUUGGCCGUUACGCACAAGAGUUUCGACCAGGGCCGCCGGGGUUUCAACGACAAGCUGGCAUAUCUGGGUCGACAAGCAGUUGUUCUCGAGUCCACGCGAAGCAUAGUAACGUCGUCGCUGGCAAAGGACGGGGCCAUGGUCCCUGAUGAGCACGGUCGCGCACCGUUCGAGCACCCCGCUCUUGCAAGCCUCGACAAUCUCAACGUUGAGCUGCCGCAGAAGGUCGUCACCAAGGAAAGGAUUGAGGAGCUGGCGAUGGCCGCUGGCAUCGACAAGGUUUUGCGGUGGAAACCGGCAAAGCCGGAAAACCUUGCUGGGUCUGGCCAGCAGAUCGUGCUCAACUCGGCCGUGUUCGCCAUUGUGGGAGCCAUCACUCUCCAGCACGGAGCCGAGGUGGCAGGCAGAGUCAUCAGGGAGAGAAUAUUGAGACCGCUCUCGCUCAGGCAAUGA